UUUUCUCCUAAAGGAAGUAAAAUAGAAUUUCACAAAAACAGAACGGAGAGAGGAGAAAACAAAAGUUUCUAUCUAAUCUGCUUUAAUAAAAAGGUAUCAAUGUUGUGGAAUGUUACAUGUAUAUUCAUAAUCAAAUAUUAACGUUCAGGAUAAAUGGAAAUGGCAGUGUCAGGACGCAAAUUGUCAGAUUUUCAAGGCUCAAUAUCACUAGGGUCAGCAGAGGACUUUGACCACAGUUGUCAGCCUUGUCUUACCAUUGGUCAGCAUGUAGCAGCUCACGGAUUUUGUGUGGAAUGCCAGGAAUAUCUAUGCAAAACUUGCUUUGAGUAUCACAAGAGGACAAAAGCCUCGCGAAGUCAUCAACUUCUUGAUAAAGACAACGUUGGUAAACAUGCCAGUACCAGUAAAGAUUCUGAUGAAUGCACAGAAAAAUGUUCAGUACAUAAAAAGGAAAUAAUUAAAUUUUUCUGUCCAACACACAAGGCGCUUGGCUGUAAUGACUGCGUCAUCUUGGAUCACAGGACAUGUAAGAUUGACUACAUACCUGACAAAUGUGCAGGUAUAGGGGAGAGCGAGGAAUACAUGGAUAUCAUGAAGAAAUUAAAAGAGAAAAUGAAAGAAGCAGAAGAUGUUUUGAAGAAAGCUGAAGUAAGGGAUAAAGAGAUAGAUAAUUGCCAUGCUGGUAUUAUCAAGGAAAUCCUCAAAUUUCGAAAAGAAAUAAAUGAACGCCUAGAUGAACUUCAGCAAGAUAUUCAGAAAGAUGCUGACAAAAAGAAAUCCAACGAUAAAAAAAUAAUUCAGAAGGUAGUUGAUGAAUGUGCCAGUAUUUCUACUGAAAUCAAGAAAUUGCAGUCAAGUCUACAAGCUGAUAAAAAUGCGCGGCAAAACGGGCAACUAUACAUCAACAUUAAACGAGCUGAAUGCAAAAUAAAGUCAGAUGAAGUAAAGAAGGCAGCUGAACAUUUAGCAAAGUCAGAUAUGCAAUACUCAUUUAAACGUAAUACUGAUUUUGAAAACAUGUUGUCUAAACACGACACAUUUGGGAAGCUAAAUCUCUCUUCUAGUCUGGUCUCUCCGGUGACGAAGAAAAUAUUUGAUACCUUAACACAUAAAGAAGAAAUGAAUAUAAAAACAAAGACAGAUACGUUUGUCUGCAUUAUCACAGGAUGUGCUGUCUUAUCCUCUAACAAACUGGUGCUGGCUGAUAACAGUAACAGGAAGCUUAAAGUUGUAGACAUUCAGAGUAAAGCUGUCAUAGAAGAGAAAGUACUUAACUUUAAACCAUGGGAUAUUGCCGAAAUGUCUCGGCCGGAUCAUAUUGCAGUAACGAUUCCAGAAAAAAGAGCGAUAGAUUUAAUGUCAACAUCCGGUCAGUUGUCAGAAGUCAAGAGGAUUCCAGUAAAAGGCAAAUGUAUGGGUAUAACUUAUCAUCAAGAUCUGUAUCAGUACUAUAGAUGA